CAGAUGAAGAAGCUGUGGUGGAUCAGGGUGGGACCAGUACGAUUCUCAAUAUUCACUAUGAGAAAGAAGAGUUGGAAGGCCACAGAACUUUGUAUGUGGGGGUUCGGAUGCCCCUGGGCCGGCAGAGCCAUCGGCACCACCGAAGCCAUGGCCAGAAGCACCGGAGACGAGGACGGGGCAAAGGAGCCAGCCAAGGAGAGGAAGGUCCAGAGGCUCUGGCCCAUGACACUCCAUCUCAGCGUGUUCAGUUCAUUCUUGGCACCGAGGAGGAUGAAGAGCAUGUGCCACAUGAGCUUUUCACAGAGCUAGAUGAGAUCUGUAUGAAAGAGGGAGAAGACGCAGAAUGGAAAGAGACAGCCAGGUGGCUGAAGUUUGAAGAAGAUGUAGAGGAUGGGGGAGAACGUUGGAGCAAGCCUUAUGUGGCGACGCUUUCACUGCACAGUCUUUUUGAACUAAGAAGCUGUCUUAUUAAUGGAACAGUCCUUCUAGACAUGCGAGCCAAUAGCAUAGAAGAAAUUUCAGACCUGAUCCUGGACCAGCAAGAACUGUCCAGUGACCUGAAUGACAGCAUGAGGAUUAAAGUACGGGAAGCUCUUCUCAAAAAGCAUCAUCACCAGAAUGAAAAGAAGAGAAAUAAUCUCAUUCCUAUUGUUCGCUCCUUUGCGGAAGUUGGCAAGAAACAGUCUGAUCCACAUUCUAUGGAUAAAAAUGGCCAAACGGUGUCUCCUCAGUCUGUUCCCACUACAAACCUUGAAGUCAAAAAUGGAAUGAAUUGUGAACACAGCCCCGUGGAUUACAAGGUAGACCUUCAUUUCAUGAAAAAAAUCCCCUCUGGAGCAGAGGCCUCAAACGUCCUUGUUGGAGAGGUGGAUACUCUGGACCACCCCAUUGUUGCCUUUGUGAGACUGUCUCCAGCUGUUCUUCUCUCGGGCCUGACGGAAGUUCCCAUCCCAACAAGAUUUUUAUUUAUCCUAUUGGGACCAGUAGGAAAAGGUCAGCAGUACCACGAGAUUGGCAGAUCCAUGGCCACCAUCAUGACAGAUGAAAUUUUUCAUGAUGUGGCAUAUAAGGCAAAGGAGCGAGAUGAUCUCCUGGCAGGGAUCGAUGAGUUCCUAGACCAGGUGACGGUGCUCCCUCCAGGGGAGUGGGACCCCUCCAUUAGAAUUGAACCACCCAAGUAUGUUCCUUCCCAGGAGAAAAGGAAAAUGCCUGGAGUUCCCAACGGAAAUAUUUGCCACAUAGAACCGGAACCACAUGGGGGCCACAGUGGGCCAGAACUUCAGCGCACUGGGAGGCUAUUUGGGGGCUUGGUGCUGGACAUCAAGCGAAAGGCCCCUUGGUACUGGAGCGACUACCGGGAUGCACUCAGCUUGCAAUGUUUGGCUUCCUUUCUGUUCCUGUAUUGUGCCUGCAUGUCACCUGUCAUCACCUUUGGGGGAUUGCUCGGAGAAGCUACAGAGGGACGCAUAAGUGCGAUUGAAUCCUUGUUCGGAGCCUCCAUGACUGGGAUUGCAUAUUCCUUGUUUGCGGGACAGGCUCUCACCAUCCUGGGAAGUACUGGGCCAGUGCUUGUGUUUGAAAAGAUUUUGUUCAAAUUCUGCAAAGACUAUGCUCUUUCAUACCUGUCGUUGCGAGCUUGUAUCGGACUGUGGACCGCCUUCCUGUGCAUUGUCCUUGUGGCGACUGAUGCCAGUUCUCUUGUCUGCUACAUUACCCGCUUCACUGAAGAAGCAUUUGCCUCCCUGAUUUGUAUUAUUUUUAUCUAUGAAGCAAUAGAAAAGCUGAUUCACCUGGCAGAGACUUACCCUAUCCACAUGCAUAGCCAGCUGGACCACCUUAGCCUGUAUUACUGCAGAUGUACUCUCCCAGAGAAUCCAAACAACCACACCCUGCAGUAUUGGAAGGACCACAACAUUGUCACAACAGAAGUCCACUGGGCUAACCUGACUGUUAGCGAAUGCCAGGAGAUGCACGGAGAGUUCGUGGGAUCUGCGUGUGGCCAUCACGGGCCCUAUACUCCUGAUGUGCUUUUUUGGUCCUGCAUUCUCUUCUUCACCACCUUUAUUCUCUCCAGUACCUUAAAGACAUUUAAGACAAGCCGCUAUUUCCCAACCAGAGUGCGUUCCAUGGUGAGUGAUUUUGCAGUUUUCCUCACUAUCUUCACAAUGGUGAUUGUUGACUUUUUGAUUGGAGUUCCAUCACCAAAGCUUCAAGUUCCCAGUGUAUUUAAGCCAACAAGAGAUGAUAGAGGGUGGAUUAUUAGUCCCAUUGGCCCCAAUCCCUGGUGGACUGUAAUAGCAGCAAUUAUCCCAGCUCUUCUGUGCACUAUCUUGAUAUUCAUGGACCAGCAGAUCACAGCUGUCAUCAUCAACAGGAAGGAACACAAACUCAAGAAAGGCUGUGGCUACCACCUGGACCUCCUGAUGGUAGCCAUCAUGCUGGGUGUCUGCUCCAUCAUGGGCUUGCCUUGGUUUGUGGCUGCAACUGUCUUGUCCAUCACACACGUGAACAGUCUUAAAUUGGAAUCUGAGUGCUCUGCUCCUGGAGAACAGCCCAAGUUCUUGGGUAUCAGAGAGCAAAGAGUCACAGGCCUUAUGAUCUUCGUGUUAAUGGGCUGCUCAGUUUUCAUGACGGCUGUAUUAAAGUUUAUUCCAAUGCCAGUGCUCUAUGGAGUUUUCCUGUACAUGGGAGUUUCUUCACUACAGGGAAUUCAGUUCUUUGACCGCCUGAAGCUUUUUGGGAUGCCUGCAAAGCACCAGCCAGAUUUCAUCUACCUUCGGCACGUGCCGCUACGCAAAGUGCACCUCUUCACACUCAUCCAGCUGACCUGCCUCGUCCUGCUCUGGGUCAUCAAGGCCUCCCCAGCCGCCAUUGUCUUCCCAAUGAUGGUUUUGGCCUUGGUUUUCGUCAGGAAAGUCAUGGAUUUCUGUUUCACUAAGCGAGAGUUGAGCUGGUUAGAUGAUCUCAUGCCUGAAAGCAAAAAGAAGAAGUUGGAUGAUGCCAAGAAGAAGGCCAAGGAGGAAGAGGAGGCUGAAAAAAUGUUAGAUCUCGGGGGAGACAAGUUUCCCUUAGAAAGCAGGAAGUUACUCAGUAGCCCUGGAAAAAACAACAGUUUCAGUGUUGAUUUCAGAUGUGAUCCCUCUGAGAUUAAUAUAUCUGAUGAAAUGCCUAAAACCACGGUGUGGAAAACUCUCAGUAUGAAUUCUGGAAAUACGAAGGAAAAGAGUCUCUUCAAUUAAAAGCCUUUGCUGGGAUGGAAGAUUUGGGCCAUAAGAUAUGCCUCAGGGAAGCUAUGUUACAGACAAGAUGGUGAUUCUCAGAGAAGAAGCAAGACCAAGCCUGGCCCUGUCCUUGGUCGUGUCAAAGCCAUGUCGAAGCAUUCAGUUCCUCAUGGUGUGCUGGGAAGUCACGCAGCCUCCCUGCACUGGCAACCGGUCAUCCGACGCGAAUGUGGAAGCAGG